GUAGUUUUUUUUGUUUAUUAUAUAAACAAAUAAAAGAUAUUCAAUGAUCUAGGAUGACCACACAACCUUCGUUUUCGAUACUAUUUUCCCUUUGCCGCAUAGGCGUUUUCCUUUUUUCUAUUCCAUUUUCGUCGUCCAUAUUCCAUGCUAGACGCCCAACUCGGAACCUAAAAAAGACUAGAAAGGAAGUGAUAAACUUGAGUUUUUCCAUGUCGGUUAUUCAAUUCGAGAGUCUGAUCCAUUGAGAAUCAAGUUAAUCUGCACCCAUGUUUCUGCUCAGGUUACUCGCUAGAGAGAAAGUGGGCAAUAAAAUUGCAGUUCACUUUGAGGGUUAACUUAAUUUGAGAGAUUGAGAAUUGAAGUUCAGUUGAAUUGGGUUUCAAUUUAAACCAACGAUUUCUCAGUUCGUAUUUCUCCUUUUAGUUGCUUCAGUACGUAUAUAUACAGAAAGAGUACGCGAUAAGACUGAAUUCCAUUUUGUGGUUUUAAUUGAACUCAAUUCUAGCCAUUUAGGUGAAGUGUGUUCAAGUCCAUCGAUUUCUUUGUUGGUGUUGCUUCAAUCUUGGGUCAGAGAAUUAAAAUGGAUCUGACUGAAGAGAUCGAAAACGAAGGUGGCAUAUGGGCUUUGGAGCAGAAGAUCGAUCAGCCAAUGGACGAAGAGGCUGGUAGGCUCAAGAAUAUGUACAGAGAAAAGAAAUUCUCAGUUAUAUUACUUCUUCGUCUUGCAUUUCAAAGUCUUGGAGUUGUGUAUGGAGAUUUGGGAACUUCUCCUCUAUACGUAUUCUACAAUACAUUUCCUAAAGGAAUUGAUGAUACAGAGGAUGUUAUUGGGGCACUUUCCUUGAUCAUAUAUUCUCUUACUCUUGUUCCACUCAUUAAAUAUGUUUUCAUCGUCUGUCGUGCAAAUGACAAUGGUCAAGGGGGGACUUUUGCUCUUUACUCAUUAUUGUGUCGACAUGCAAAAGUUAAUACAAUUCCUAAUCAACAUCGAACUGAUGAAGAGUUGACAACUUAUAGUCGAAACACAAUUCAUAAGCAAUCAUUUGCUGCAAAAACAAAGAGAUGGUUGGAAGCACAUGCAUUUAGAAAGAAUGCCCUUCUUUUACUUGUCCUUGUUGGCACUUGUAUGGUUAUUGGAGAUGGAAUUCUUACUCCUGCUAUUUCAGUUUUAUCAGCUUCUGGGGGUAUCAAGAUAGACCACCCUAGGAUGAGUAACGAUGUUGUAAUACUAGUUUCUGUUAUCAUACUACUAUUCUUGUUUAGCCUACAACAUUAUGGUCCAGACAAAGUAGGAUGGCUUUUUGCUCCAAUCGUAUUGCUUUGGUUUCUCUUAAUCGGAGGAAUUGGAAUCUUCAACAUCUGCAAACAUGACAAAGGCAUUUUACGCGCUUUUUCACCCGUAUAUAUAUUCCGCUACUUUAAAAGACGUGGUAAAAAUGGUUGGAUUUCCCUCGGUGGAAUCAUGCUCAGCAUCACAGGGACGGAGGCACUUUUUGCAGACCUUGCUCAUUUUCCAGUUUCAGCAAUCCAGCUGGCAUUUACGGUUGUUGUGUUUCCUUGCCUUCUUCUUGCUUAUUGUGGACAAGCAGCCUACCUUAUGAAGAACAAAGAACAUGUGUACGAUGCCUUUUAUCGCUCUAUACCAGAUGGAAUAUAUUGGCCGAUGUUUGUUAUUGCAACUUUGGCUGCUAUUGUUGCGAGUCAAGCUACUAUAUCUGCUACUUUUUCUAUAAUUAAGCAGGCUAAUGCACUCGGCUGCUUUCCUCGAAUCAAAGUUGUUCAUACAUCAAAGAAAUUUUUGGGGCAGAUUUAUGUUCCGGAUAUCAAUUGGAUUCUUAUGGUUCUCUGUAUCGUUGUAACCGUUGGAUUCAAAAAUCAAAGCCAGAUCGGCAAUGCUUAUGGCACCGCAGUUGUCGUGGUCAUGCUCGUAACAACAUUCCUCAUGAUCUUAAUCAUGCUGCUUGUGUGGCGAUGUCAUUGGAUUCUCGUAUUCAUCUUCACCGCACUCUCUCUCAUUGUCGAGUGCACCUACUUUUCAUCUGUACUUUUCAAGAUCAACCAAGGCGGGUGGGUCCCACUCGUGAUCGCGGGAGUAUUCCUUCUCAUCAUGUACAUCUGGCAUUACGGAACCCUUAAAAGAUACGAAUUCGAAAUGCAUAGUAAAAUCUCAAUGGCAUGGAUCCUCGGUCUCGGCCCAAGCCUCGGUCUAGUCCGUGUCCCCGGUGUCGGGCUCGUGUACACCGAGCUCGCAAGUGGGGUCCCGCAUAUUUUCUCACAUUUGGUAACAAAUUUACCCGCGAUCCAUUCGGUGGUUGUGUUUGUCUGCGUGAAAUAUCUCCCGGUUUACACGGUCCCCGAAGACGAACGGUUUCUCGUGAAACGAAUCGGGCCGAAAAAUUUCCAUAUUUUUAGAUGCGUAGCGAGACUUGAAUCGAUGAUGGAAGGUUGCUCGGAUUCCGAUGAGUAUAGUGUGUUUUCCGGUGGCCAGAAAACCGUGUGUUCGCCGGAAAAUGAAACGUGUUCAUCGGUUGGUGACUGUAUCUUGCCGGAAAACAUGGCGGCGGGGAUGUCUUCCGGGAGAGCGAGCAGUCAUACGGAGGUGGAUGAGAUGGAGUUUUUGUUGAGUUGUAGGGCGGCCGGAGUGGUGCAUAUAAUGGGGAACACGGUGGUGACAGCUAGGCGGGGUUCGAGAAAUAGCUAUUCGAGGGUGAUAGAAGAAGGAAGAAGCAUUCAGGCGCACUUUCUCUCUCUAGUCAUGGAAGAAGUAGAAGACGAUGAACGUGAAAAAUGGGAAGUGGACCACCUCAACCCCCGCCGAAUCCGUAUCAUACGCUCUUUCUCUUUCUAUUUAUUCUCUUCUUCCCCCUUUUCGUCUCGUGCCCUAGCAUACCCAUACGCACCCGCAAACCUCUCUCUCUUGAAUCCAUCGACUUCCUGUUGUUCUCCGAUCAAUUCAAAGACCAAACAGGAUCUACUCAAAUUGGCUUUGACCAUUCGUGAGAGCUGCUGGCAAGUUUAUUAG